GGAAAUCUAUACAAACGAGCAAAUCGGAAACUUUUUCUUCGACCACGAAGCAAGCAGGGCGAAGCCUUGCACAAAGACGUGCGACGCGGUUUUUGACGAUUCCACUAACAUUGCAACUUAUCAGCGACGCACCAGGUCCGUCCUUACACUGCGGAUCGAUAAUGGUGUGACCACAGAAAGAACGUAGACAACGAAAUGGCAUUCGCCCCUCUAGGGACCGUGAAAAUCAUACCAGCUACCGCAUUUCGGGAUCAACAAUUCUGGCAUGAUGUCGCUUUUGCACAGGAUCCUUACUGCGGAUUCACGGCGCAACCGAUCAACGCCGCCUACUAUAUGCCCGGCGUGUAUAAUGACGGCUAUAGUCAUGAGCCGUAUGGACAAAACGCUUAUAUAGACGGUGCAUAUGGUGACAUACAACAGUAUCCGUACUACGGUGGUGGUUAUACGUACACGCCUUACUACGGUAAUGGUCACGCCUAUUACAACCAGGCCUACCAAGCUGGUCAAGCUUAUCCGGGUGCGUACGGACCAUAUCCGGGUGCAUCCGGAGCCUAUCGCCCCUAUCCUCAACCGCAACCGUCACCGCCGCGACGGUCACGAACGGCACCUGGUCGCACCGCACCGCCCACUUUGCGAACCGCAACCGCGACACGUAAAUCGCGCGGAAUCUCCGCUGAUCCAUACGAAAAACGCUUCAAGGCAUUUUCGGGUCCCACUAAGAAGCCAUCGCCUGUAUAUAGAAAAAGUCGUGAUCCGUACUCGUAUCGGUUAUCGCAAUAUCAGGAAACUGAUUUUGGUGGGACGCCAAUCGACUACAAUGCACAAUUUCAACGAUAUCCAACAGAGGCCCCGACGACUUUGCGACGGAUACGACCGUUCUAUGCGCCGUCCUAUACCACCUAUCCACCGUCUACGAUGUUACGGACGGAUAAAAAAUUAGACUCGAAAAAAUAUCCAUUAUAUGCGAGGGUAGCUGUAAAAGCAGCCGAGUUGAUAUUGGGAGCUGCCAUAUUAGGCUUAGUCUUGGGCCCGAUGCGAGGGACGUCAUUCCAUGACUUCGUCAUACGAACGAACACGGAAUGGCAAGGCGCUGUUGUGGGUAUCGUGGCCACAUGGGCGAUAUUCACUGCUGUAUUGCUACUAACUAGCUUUCUAGCAAAUACCGUACAUAUGUGGCGAAAAGUUGAUGCUCACGUGACAUUGAUCGCGAUUUUAGCUUAUUUAUUAGCGUCAUGUUUGGAAGCAUACUAUGCUGCUUGCUAUCCACCGAAUGGGCCUCGAAUAAAUUUAGUUUGUCAUAGAGCGGAGUGGAUAAUCGCAACGAUACUCUGUUUCAUCAACACUGCCUUGUACGUCCUCGAUUUUGCCCUAUCAUGGCUUUCUGGAGUGACGAUGUUAUGAGAAAGCUUAUAUGUAUAUUUGUCUCCCUUGAGUCUCAUUUUUAGUCAUGCUUUCAUCAUUUUCUCAUAAUUUUUCUAAUAAUCACAAGCAUAUCAGACACUUUCGGCAGUCUUUCGUAGCGCAUAACCUGCCGCUAGAACUAUGUUCAGAAUUUCUCAGUGUGCAAUUCUGUGUGUUGUAUCCCGUUGACUUUUCUAGACGCUAUAUCUGUGAUCUGCACUCGUUCUGUUGAUUUUCAUCUCUGUGAUUUCAUUUUCUGACAACAAUCGGUCGAUAGCGAUCAGUGUGCUUAUUGAUCAAUUGUUGACUUUCUUGGUGCUCAAUAGCUAGAGCAGAGCUUCAAUUGCUGUGCCAAAAUAGGACA